AGCAGGAAGCAGCCUGUGCUCCCCAGACCUGCCUGGUUGAGGGAGCUGGAGGCUUCUAGGGCAGGCAGCACUGUGUACGCCGAGAUGGCUGUGUCCACAGAGGAGCUGGAGACCACAGUUCAGGAAGUCCUGGGGAGACUGAAGAGCCACCAGUUUUUCCAGUCCACAUGGGACACUGCUGCCUUCAUCAUCUUCCUCACCUUCGUGGGUAAGUGUGGCUCGGCCUCGGGGUCCCCCCAGCCCCCUGCCCUGGGCCAGGGUCACACCUGGAUGGCUGUCCUGUCCCCAGGUACGGUGCUGCUCCUGCUGCUGCUGGUCAUCGCCCACUGCUGGUGCUGCAGCUGCUGUCGCUCCCCCGGGCCCCGCAGGGCAAGCCCCAGGAAGGUGAGCCCCUGGAAGGAAAGACCCAAGGGAGUGGAUAACUUGGCCCUGGAACCCUGACUGUGUGUGUCCUGCCCGGUGGCAGUAACAAAGCCUUGUCUGCCCAGA